AUGCCGUCUCAAGCUGUUAAACGCAUCAGCAUCCGCUGGCUUCCUGAACCAGCGUACGAGGACACCGACACGAUCGCCCUCAACGUUGGUGGCUACUUCAUUGACUUACGAGUAACGAAAGAAGAUCACACCAUUCAAUGGAGCCGCGCCGGUGAACGCAUCAUGUUAAAACAAUCUCCCCCAACUUUUCGGUGGACGCAUAUCAUUGAUUCGCUUGAUCUAACCGUUCCCGAUGACGCUUACUUCAACAAAUCACCUAACGGAGACGAUUUGGAAAUUGGAACGACCCCCUGCCCGCACAAAGGCGGUGCGCCAACAGACUAUGAAGAGGUUUGGCGGGACAUCACAUCGAAGAGUGCACCGAGCGAGAUAUCGUGGAUUCUUCAGAGUGAAGAUGGAUUGAUCUUCAUUGGGAAGGUUGGGGGCAUAUUUCUGGCUAUUCAAAAGUUCCCCAGCGGCUCGUUCGCGGCUCGCCGGGAGAAUCGCGACGUUUCUAGCGCCGGCUGGGAGGUUUCUUUCGAGUCUGGGGAUGUCUCAAGACUUCUGCGGGCUUUCCAAGUUGUCGAGGUUUUGGAAAAAGACAGCCAGAUUUGGGCUGAAAAUCAAGAGAUUACUAUAAAUGGAGGGAUUUAUGUUUUCAGGGGCGUUAAUUCCGACUGA